AGCUGGAGCAUCUUUGCCAUGAAUAUGUUUUAAAGAUAGCGCACAGUUGUUGCGGUGGUCUUUUUUUAAAAAUAAUUUUACUCGAGUCGGGGUCUUUGUUGGGACCGCCGGUCAGAAGAAAUAUUACGGCAAAUAGAGACAUCGGAAUAGUUUGGUGUUACAUCUGCAUUUUAUUUUUCUGUACGAUAGUAAUUAACCGCUUUGGCUAUGGUUACGACGUGCGUGAGGUUAGCUGUCACAGCUUUGGAACUUUGAGCGAAACGCGAAAAGGCGCGAGCAAGCGAAACACGCGAAGCACGCAAGCGCGGCAUCUUGUGCCGGCCCCGCUGUGCCUACGUCGGGAUUGCAUUGCGAGCGCCAGUUUUUACGUAUCGAGGGGCGCGACAGGCCUCACGCGCGUUCAUGUAUCUAUUUGCUUUAUUUCUUUCUCUUUUUAGCCGGUGCGGAGUGGCUGGGAGAUGCUCCAGCAGCGUCUUUGAGCUGUAUGGACUUCAGCAGACACGGGAGCGGGGUCGCUUUCGGAUUAAGAAAGCACUCCGCUUCAUAGUGCAUCACGCUGUGCAUCGUCUUCCAACCACCAAUCUUCUGGACGGUUUCCCGGACCGUUCCACCGAGUAGGAGUGCCUGGGCGCCACCUUUUCGGAGUCCGUGGAGGCAGAGGAGGUCGCGACUGCGGCCUUCCGCAAUGCGUUGCACCUUCGCCUUCCGGGUGAGGAACUUCCAGGUCGUGCGGUACUGCGCAACCGAUAGCCGCGCGUCGCCGCCGUCCUUGGUGAGUCGUUGCGCGGCCUCGACCGGGCACACGACGGGGUUUGCUGGGUCCGCCACGAGUCGCACGGUUCGCCCGACCCCUUCUGGGUCCGUUUUCGUGCGAUCUACUUCGAAGACAACCUCAUGGCCGCCCUUGGUCUUCUCGACCCCGAUGGUGGCGCGGACGAGCUCCUCGGGCCGCCACACAAGGCGGAACUGGCAGACCGCCAUGUCAACGCAGGCCAACUCGUCCACGGUGGUGGCCGCCUUCUGCAUGCUCUCGAGCAUGCUCGCGGCGACCGGCUCGUAGCUCUCCGCCGCGCGGUCCCUCUUGAGGGCGUUGUUGAUCAGCGUCGCGUAGGCCUGCUCCCCGAGGGAGAGCUCGUGAUGCCGCAGCCGGUUCUCGGUGCGGACAUGGGACACGUAGGCCGUCGCCGUGUUCGCGGCCAUUUCCCCGGUGUGAACCUUCACGCCCAGCCUGGCGGCAAAAAGCUCCAGGUUUGUAAUCGACAGCGGGAAAUCGACGAGGCCGCGAGCGGAGCACAUCUGCUCAUACUCCUGCACCGCGGAUGCCCUUGCGCUCGACGUCGCCUUCGCGUGCAUCUGGCCCCGGAGCAUGUCCAGGGCGGUGCCAUCGUCGAUCGCGUCCGACAUCUUUAUCUCGUUCCGGGAGGGUGGGCGGGGAACGAGAAACCAAAAGGCCCGCACGUCGUUGCCCGGAGCGGUGUCGUCUCCGUUAGCUGGCAGCGCUUAGCCUCAUUUUGCUAUUGAUAAAAGGGACGGACGCAAAAUAUCAAUUAAAAAUUGCAACCAACUAAUUCACUUUUGGAGUGGAAAAUGUGCAGAAAAUCGACCACCGGGUCUGGCUCUCGAGCGCGCCAUCGUAUGAUGGUUGCCUCAAUAGUUUUUGCGGGCUGCCGUGGGAUCUUUUUCCAGAGCGGAAUUUUUUUUGUCGACGCCGUCGCUUUCGUGGCUCCGCACAAGGUCAGCAAAAAGAGGUCGUCUACGGAAGGCGAGGAGCUCGCGACUCCGAAGACACGACCAAUCGUCUGGGCGGACGUAAAGGAAGAUGACGAAGAGGAACCAGCUCCAGUGCAACAGCCAUCAAGCGUACAAGGAGUUCAGGCGUCGCAAGAGGAACGCACUUCAUUUGCGCAACAAGGGCCUGCAAAUAAUAAUAACGCAAAUGCAGUAUUUUUACCGACACCAGAAGCUGCAGCCACAGUUCCUCCCCCGCCCGCACCCUAUGUGCGUUCGGCCGGCACAGAAGGGCACGAAUAUGGACAGUGCGCGCUUCUGCAUUGUAAGUACGCGGCAAAAGUAAGGGGGUGCAAAGACGGGGCAAACUGCGUGCGGUGCCAUCUAUGCCCGAGGGACGUUGGUAAACCGAGCACGUCGGAAUCGUCGUGGUCCUGGAACAAAUCAAAAAGGAGCUAUGCGACAAGAUGGUACAACAACGACCAGUGCGCCGGAGGACCAUGCUGGGCUGCUGAGGGCGGUAGUCGAAACGUCAAGACCCGCGGGGGCCCAGCUGGAGGUGGUUCUGGUUCGUCCUCCUCCGGAAGUGGCGUUAUGAGGGUCGAUUGACCAUAACCAUUCAGCCCAUUUAAGCCAUUCGCAAAAAAUGAAAAGCAAAACCGUAGGGGCUUGCUCUCCGGGGUCUUUUCCUGGGGGCAGGCUGGUUGCAAGUAUAGACCUACCCCUCGGCGCUGCGGAGCCUGUCUUCCUCGUCCCCGAACUUCGGGGCGUGGUCUCGCGGCUAAGCGGCGGGCUCCGCGUCAUGGCACGGCAAAAUAACCGAAAAUGACAAGGAGCCGAGCUGGAACGAGGGGACUUGUUGAUGAACAAUUACCGGCGUAGCUACUUCGUUUUGACUAAAUUCGGACCAUUUUUCGUUGUUGCAAAGUUGCGCGCUUCGGGUCGUCUUUUCGAUUUCGGCCGCCCGGCGCGGCGAGAGAAUUUGUUGAGAGAGGAAAAAAUGCAGCGCCUUUCAGGCCAGAAAAAAAAAAAUCUAGCUCAAAGCGCGCGCUGGCCAUUCGGGCCAUUCGAGCCAUUCGCGCGGGCCGCCAGGGAGCGGCCGGCGCACCGUUCAGGGGCAGUCCAUUCGACCCAUUCGCGCGCGCGAACGGCCCGAAUGGGCUGAAUGGAUCGAAUGGACCUAACGGCCUGAAUGGCUCGAGUUUUCGGUCCAUUUAGGCCGGCCCGGUGGGCCGCUCGAUCCAUUCGGGCCCUGCGAAUGGGCCGAAUGGGUCGAGUGGCUCGAAUGGAUUUCCGGUCGUUUUUCGAAUGGAUUGAAUGGCCCGCGGCUGAACGGGCCCGCGCGCCGGCUGGGCCGGCCUAGUCCGAAGGCCUGGCAGUCUGGCCGGAAGCGCUGUGGUGGAGGGCCGGGCGCCUCGUUUGCGUCAUAUUUUUUUGCCUGCUGGCAGGAUGACGGAAUCGAAAAUGCCAUAGAAGCGGAGGGGAGCAUUGGCUGGCGUAGCUGGCAUCUUGCGCUGCGUGCGCGUGGGCCCUUUGCUCCGGCCGAGCCUCGGGUCGUCGUUUCGCCACCAUCGCGUCUCGGCUUGGAUUCGCGGGAGUUGUGCGAGGGGUGGCGCACCAGGUCCCAGGUGGAGAUAAUCUGGAGCAGCAUUGCUGUCGGGCUCCGUGGAGAUGAAUGGCCGAAAUGUUCAGCAGUGCCACGACCGGGAACACAGAUGGCGGAGAAGCUGGCCCCGCGACCAUUCUGGCUCAAGUUGGUUUGCAUGGAAAUUUUUUUUUUUUUCUUCAAUGGUCUAAAUGGCUCGAAUGGUUCUGGUUCGUCCUCUUCCGGAAGUGGUGCACAACGAUUGUUCCCCACAGACAGCAGAAAAAUCGGAUUCGGAUCGCUGGCCAGUCACCCGAGCAACAGGGCAGCUGUGGACCGAAAGGAGCGGAGUGAUGCUGCAGACGCGACGCCUCCGAACGCGGACACUGCAUCGACGAGGACCAGUCUGCCUUCCAAGGGCUCGUUUUCUUCAAUUUCGGAGUUGUACGAUCCCGACCGAGCAGACCGGGCGUGGCAGAAGAAACAAGUGCGUCGUGGUGGUAAUCGUGGCAGAGGAGGACGGGGGCGCGGUAGAGAUAAUCCGUGUGCAGAAGGAACAGAAGCCUCUUUGUCCGACGACGCCUCUCCCACUGAGGAACAAUGGCAAGAAGACCCUGCAUUCCGGGAAUCGGAAUCGGCAAUGCAAGCAUUUCCGCCAGGCGACUUCGUUUCCGCAAUGGAAUCGGACGAAACUACUUUGCCAGUCUCGAUGGUGUGGGUUGGUGCUGAUGGCACUUGUGUUGUGUCUCCCGCCUCGCCCGGCGAAUGCGAACAGUUCGGGUUUGCACUAACUAGUGCACCAGAACAGAUGCAAAUGAUGGAAUCACAGUCGUGUUAUUUCGUUCCGGCACAGACGAGCGGCGAUAUGCAGAACUGCUGGAGCCCGGCGGAUUAUGAUCAAAGCGAAGAGUAUGGUUCCAUAUCUUGCGCCGCUGUUCCUGUUGUUGUACCCGAUGCGCCCUGCUAUGCACUCGCAGAUGCUGUGGCGCAAGGGGUUCAUGUUGACAAAGACUACUUGCAACGACAAAAGGAAGAGGAAUGGAGCAAAUUUGCUUUCCAGGGCGGCCCACAGUCCGGGCUGACAGGUGGGUGUUUUGUUCCGCCACCUCCGGUUCCGGUUGCGCAAGCGCGACGUGAAGGGGCGGACUCGGUGGGAUUCAUUUCUCAGCUUCCCUUUCGUCCGACAGAAGGUGCAGGGGCUCUUCCACCGUCACCCUUUUCGCCCGAGAUAUCGGGAGUAGUACCGGUCCUGCUACCAUUCUACCAGUUUGAUGAAACCGCUACUACUCCUACAUACACAAGCCAUCAUGGGAGUAUGACGGUCCCUGACGACUUGCGAGCAGAAGGAGCGUCGGAGCGACUUCGCGACACGAGAUCUGCCACUGCCGGUACAGCUAUGUCUUUACUUUUUUGAUUUUAAAGUGGAAAAAUUCGUACUCGUAGUCGAAACAAGGUUCUCGAGCACGCAAAAAUAAAGUGGAUUGAUCCCACAAAAAUCAUCAUUGAACAGGCCACUCUGCUCUUGCUGAGCAAGUCAGCCCAUCCCCCGAAGUCGGGCAGCCCAGUGACGAAUCUUCUCUGGAGGCCCUAUUUCCACCGUCAGCUUCUUCUGGUGCUUCUUCGACAACCGAGACGUUUCACCAGACGAGACAGUAUUUUUUUCUUCAGUACCUUCGAUCGAGACGACGGCUUUUGUAUAAGUAUACCUCCUAGAAGUAGAAGUUUGAUAUUUUUGUCAGUUGAAAAAAGCCACCUAGACACCGAAGCAAAAGUUGAAUUUCGAAGUGCAAAAUGUACUUACAGCACGAGCUCAUCUGACGGGGAAGAGGGUGACCUGGGUGUCCCUGGCACACCGAAAGGCAUUUCUUUGCGGGCCUGGGCGGAGAUCAACGGGGAGUCGAUGAGCAGACAAAGACAAGCUGUACAGCCCACCACCGGAAAAAUGGCCAGCCAAGGACAUGUGAGCGAGGCGAUCACGUCAAAGCCUGGACGAGUUGCUCACGACAUAACGUGUGCUACUACUCGUGAAGAUCAUUCUAAGAGCGGGAGACCACGGCGCAAACAAGCCAUCUUGCGGCGGACCCGAAGUGAGAGCCGUUUCGAUCGGCAGCCACUCCGGCUGGAGAGUCGUGACGCCGAAGCGAUCGAAGGCGCAGCGCAAGCAAUCGCGGCUCCAGCAGAGAGUGGAGGAUCGGUGCGCACUAGCAGCCGGCGUGCGGACCGUAGAAGCGGUGGGUUGGGGGAUCCGAAUGCAGAAGACUCGGACUCCGGGUAUGGUUCGCUCAGGGGUUACAAUCUCAACGUUAUCCUGAAAAUCGAGAUCUCUACCGGAAAUGCUGCAUAAGCAUAAAAUCUGUACCCGGUCCUCUCCCGACAGAAAUUCCCAUGCGACGUUCUCGAGCCCAAAACUACACUACAAUCUGGCGUAAUCAAUGUGUAUUGCGAAAAUCGCAAAGCUCUAGGUUCUCACCUCCCGAAAAUCCAGAUUUCCUUCAUAACGUUUGAGAUUGUAACACUUGAGAUCGUGAUACCAGCAUGGACACGGGAGACGAGCUCAAACCCGAAAACACAUUGAACCCACACAUGCCGGAGCUUCGAGAUCACAUGCAAGUGCAAAGCAUGACGUAACAUGCGAGCAUCACGAGCAAGAAGUUCUCUCUCUGCCUGGCCAUCCGCUAAGAAAGUCAAAAUUGCACCACCUCAUAUUUAGCAGGCUGAACAGAAUUAAAAAUCGCGGAAUGUAUAAUUUCCGUAUUACUCGUCGUCGUCGUCGUAUAGUACAGCUGCGGUUGGAUGUAGUUACUAUUGGAACGGGACUAAAAAAAUAAGGGAUAAGCCAGACAAGAAGCUUGCCACAGUUGAAACCACCUGUCGCGCUACUUCGUUUAUUAGUACUUGAACGCGCUUUUUUUUUGUUUAUAGUUUAAGUUCAAGUUGCGGAGUGGCCAACGUUACAGGAUACGAUAGUUUGCAUGUGCGCAAGACGCAUGUUGUGCGGCUGUAUUGCGAAAUUUCUACAAGGUGAUGCGCACUUGCAGCUGUCGAAGCAAUGGCAAAGGUCUAUUUGCGCUAUCUAAGCGCGAUGAAGAAAGUCCAUGUAGAUAUGGAACAGUGAUGUAGUAGAGGUGUAAACACAGAUAAUCUCUUCGGAGCGACGGUUUCCGAUAGAGAACCAGCCAUAUGAUCACAUCAUAACCGCGCGGAACUGAAAGAAACUGUGAAAGACCACCCCCGCCCUGGUGCCACUGGAUUUGCCUUCUUAAACGAAUGGCCACGUUGACUUUCUAUGUCUCACCGCUAGGUGGAGCUUUGCUGUUUUGCUUUUGUGGCGAGGGGCGGGUAGGGCGGACGAUUGCAGCAAUGCCGAGCAGAAGAAUAGGUUUACUAUGUUGAUCUUGGUUGUGAGAAUUACGAAUUAUCUUUGCGAAGUAGACAAUGAUGACACCAGAAAUGACCGUCCGGCCGGCGCUGGCCGGGCGCAAAACAAAUACUUUUUACUUACGUACUUUUUUAAUGAAUUUUCUACGUGCAAUUAAUGAGCAGCGGCGCUUGUUUAAUACGUGCUGACACGCAGAGGCAGAGGACUUGAUACGCAAAUUAUACCGAUUCCGAGGCCGACAGACGUGCUUAUAAAAAUGAGAACGAGGAAGAGGGGUCUGACCUAAUAUCCAUCUUCUAGUGCCACCACCGUACUUUGAAGAACAUAUGCCGCACUUUUGAGCUCGCACUUAAUCUUGUUUUGAUGUUUUGUGCCGGGAGAUCACAAAUCUCAUCGCGUAGCAACACGAAAGACAAAGCUGCUGUCGCUUUUGAUGCAUGACCGAUUCGUCGACGUAUCUAGUGAACCGGAUGCCAGGAUGGAUGUUAGGCUCAUACAUGAUGAUCAUCGCACGGGAACUGCAUAAAGAGGACUAGAUAUAUAGUGAAAAGCACAUAACGCGGAAGCAUAAGAACCAUCAAGCACCCAACUGUGACUUGCGAUCAGAAGACUUCGACUUGCAAAAGCGUCUCCGCGAGUGGCAAGACUUCCAAAACGGAAACAAACAUGAAGAACAUUCGCUGCAUCGUCCGAAUCAAUUGUAUGAAUAGAUAAAUCUGCAACUACAAGCGACAUUGUAUGUGUUUCACGUCCAUAACCAUAUCAGCUCUCCGCGCCACUCUUCUCACUGGAUG